AUGGAGUGGAAGGUCUGGCUUGUUCCCACUCGGAUACUUACUACUGGCAGAUCUAUAACUCAAUUCAUCUACGUGCAGGAGAUAACUGGAGGGGUCAGCUACAACGCAGCUCUGCAGUGGUCCCAGAUCUUCUUCUCACAGAAGGUCUUCCGUCUACAAGCGAACGUUGACAGUGGGACAGCUUCGCCCGUUGUGGCGCCCCUGUACAUGCUGCUCUGGAGUCUCUUCUUGUUCCUGAUUGGGGCCUCACAGCUUCUGCUAAACAUCAUCGUCUGUUCUGCACGAGGAGGUAGCCGCUAUCGGGAGCCGGUGUCCCCUCCGGCAGGGCCAUUCUUCGUUGCCGUGAGCGGCUCAGGCAUCUCGGCUGGCUGCGUGCUGACCCUCGUAGGCGUUUUCAGCAUGAUUCGAGCCACAUCAUACCUCCUCGCGUCUCCUUCGAGAUUCUUUCAGAGUCCCUUCUACCCGAAGGUCAUGGUGCUGCUGUUCCUGGUCCAGAUCGCGUUGCAGAACGUGGGGCAAGCAGGGUACGCCACUAGUCCAGGCGCAGGCACAACUUACGGGGCCUGUAUGGUCGGCUUGAUGUUUGCUGUGGCGUUCAUGCCGGCAUACCUAGACUGGCUGAUCAGGGAACAGUUCGAGGACUACGAAAAUAGCAGCCAGACAGAAAAUGAAUUGCUAGAUUCUGUGAUCGCUAAGCCUGAGCAUGCAAAGGAUAAGCACGUACCGUGA